AAUUAAACUCAAUACUUACCACACUGCUGUUUGUUAAGCUAACGAACUGCCUAUUAUCUGCUAAGGAAUGCUCACUACAGCAAGUUAACACUACUCUCUCUCUUCUGCUUUCAGGUACUUAAUUGUGUCCUGCAUCAUCUCCUGCCAAAUCCCCUGCUUUCUGUGGCAAUUGCACUCUGUCUAACUCUCUCUUUUGGAGAAAUGUCAAGAGAAGAAAGCAUCUGUUGUUGGGCUGAUAUCUUCCAGAAUCUGCAAGACACUGAGCUUAAAGACACCUAUAGCAAUCAAUGGACAUUACAGAUGGACAAUGACCUAGAUGACCUAACAUCUAACUUGAGGCAACAGGGCUGGAAGAUUUAUCAGUCUUCCUCAAUUGGAAAAUUCAUGUGUCCUAGCUGUACUCAUAAGUGGAAUUCUGCUCGAGUCUCUCUCAUUUUUCACUACCGCCUUAACAUUGGACAUGAGGAUGGUGAAGUUCGUCUAAAGAUUUAUAGACAAAAAUGUCGCUCAUGUGGUAACCAGAAAAUGCUGAAAGCAUCAUUUGAAGAAGAGAAUGUAAAAGAUGUCCUGAUUAGACUGAUCACCAGAAUCAAGAAAAACUGUUAUUAUGAACAAAUAGAAAUAAAGCGUAGGACCAAUGGACUUGAGAGGACCAAACCUCAUGAAUCAUCUUUGUGUGAAGCUUGUCUCAAGGGCAAAUGCAAUACGGACAGAGAUUUUAAUUAGAAAACAAACAAUCAAUAUUGCUUAUGAUUUAACAUAACAGUAUAGUUUAAUUAAAGGGACAGUCAACACCAGAAUUUUUGUGAUUUAAAAGAUAGAUAAUUCCUUUAUUACCCAUUCCACAAUUUUGCAUAACAAACACAGUUAUAAUAAUACAUUUUUUACCUUGUAAUUACCUUGUAUCUAUGCCUCUGCAAACUACCCCCUUAUUUCAGUUCUUUUGACAGACUUGUAUUUUAGCCAAUCAGUGCUCACUCCUGAGUAACUUCACGUGCGUGAGCUCAAUGUUAUCUAUAUGAAAAACAUGAACUAAUGCCCUCUAUUGGUAAAAAAACGUCAAAAAGCAUUCAGAUUAGAGUUGGCCUUCAAGGUCUAAGAAAUUAGCAUAUGAAACUGCUAGGUUUAGGUUUCACCUAAGAAUACCAAGAGAACAAAGCAAAAUUGGUGAUAAAGGUAAAUUGAAAAGUUGUUUAAAAUGUCAUGCCCUAUUUGAAUCAUAGAAGCUUAUUUUGGACUUGACUGUCCCUUUAAUAGGCCUAUUUUUACUGCUAUUUAAUACAGUUCCAUUUCUGUAUUAAGUAGAUUUAUAGAAUAAUAAUAUAAAAUUAUAUUAAUCAGCAUUAAGUUAUAAUUCAAAUUUGUAUAUCUUUUUUAAAUAAA